AUGAUGAAGAGUAGCGGCAAUUCAACAACCUUUACCGUUCAUGACCGUCUGGCAGCAGCCAUUGCUCCUAAUACAAAUUUAAAUGUCUCAACAAAUCCAUCGACUACACCUACCGCUACUUGUUCAAUUACUCUCUCGACAUCAACAUGUCAACAAAUGAUGACAACAAGUACAAAUCUGAUGCCGGCGGGAAGUUUAUCAUCGGCAACAGCAGCAUCAUGUAACAUAGCCGCAUCUACUGGCACCAAUCAACAUCAAGAUCUAGUUAAUCUCUUUGAAUGUCCUGUAUGUUUUGAUUAUGCAUUACCGCCUAUACUUCAAUGUCAAUCAGGACAUAUUGUUUGUUCCCAAUGUCGACAAAAACUAUCAUCAUGUCCAACUUGUCGUGGACCGCUCGGAAACAUUCGAAAUCUAGGCAUGGAAAAAGUGGCCGAUACGAUUCUAUUUCCGUGUAAAUACCAAACAAACGGCUGUUUACUAAGUUUAAUGCACAAACACAAAUUAGAACAUGAAGAUGGUUGUGAUUUUCGUCCGUACAUGUGUCCAUGUCCAGGUGCAUCAUGUAAAUGGCAAGGUAGCUUAGAAAAUGUCAUGCAACACCUUUGGCUUGCACAUAAAUCUAUUACUACGCUACAAGGAGAGGAUAUUGUGUUUUUAGCAACGGAUAUUACUUUACCCGGAGCCGUUGAUUGGGUUAUGAUGCAAUCGUGCUUUGGUCAUCACUUCAUGCUCGUCUUGGAAAAACAAGAGCAACAGUUUUUCGCGAUUGUGCAAUUGAUUGGUACACGACAACAGGCAGAAAAAUUCGUCUAUCGUCUAGAAUUGAGUGGCAACAAACGACGCUUAACAUGGGAAAGUACUCCUAAAUCGAUUCAUGAAGGUAUUCAGCAAGCUAUUCUGCUGAGUGAUUGUCUGGUUUUCGAUGGAGCAACGGCGUUAUUAUUUAGUGAAAAUGGCAAUUUAGCUAUCAAUGUAACUGUGUCUCUCGGUUGA